GCACCAGCUUGCGGUCUACGUUCGAUGACGUCAACGUAUUAAGAAAAAAAGCACCAGUGACAUGAACACUUACUAAAUCAGUUGUCAUCCUUCAUCAUGUCAAAUGAUAUCGAGUAUGCUUUCCCAGCUGGAGAUGAAAGCGAUGGGAGUGAUGAUGAAUGGGAUAUUGGAUAUCCUCCUAAACAAAGUUCAAACGGGGGUCUUGAGACAGAUGCCUUAAAAUCCAGUGGGGACAAAGUCUCAACUCUGAAACGAGCCAUUAACACAGGAGAGACCAAAGUCGUCGAGCAGUUGUUGGACAAUGGUGUGGAAGUGGAUACACGGUUAGGUUUUGAGUGGACCCCACUGAUGUGUGCAGUUCAUGCGGGUAACUAUGACAUGGCUAAGCUGCUGUUGGACCGAGGAGCCAGUGCCAACUUCAGCAGAGAUCUCUACACUGUCCUGAUGGCUGCCUGCACAGCAUCUGCGUCCGAAGACAAGAUCGCCAAGUGUGCGGAACUGCUGCUAACCCGCAACGCCGACCCAAAUGCACCUAACAAAUCUCGUAUGACAUCACUGAUGAUGGCAGCCAGGGAGGGCCACAGCCAGGUUAUCAAUUUGUUGGUGUCCCACGGAGCUGAGAUCAACUUCCAGGACGAGAGUGGAAACACGGCCCUCACAAUUGCUGUGCAGUACGGGCGCGAGGAGGCGGUGUUGAAACUUCUCCAGCUUGGAGCCAACAAGACAUUAAAAACCAAGGCAGGCAAAACUGCAGCCGACGUUGCCAAGCAGUUGAAACGAACACAGAUUUCCAGAUUUCUAGCCUCGCCAAAUGAUGCUGGCAAGAAUAGUAGUGAGUUGUCUAAGCAGGAUAACCUAUUCAAAUUUUUCAAGAGGAACUCUGAUCCAUUGCCUGCAUCCAUUGAGAGCUCUGCAAAACUGUGUGACAUUGAGUUGCUGCUACAUGGCUUGAAUUUGGAGUACCUCUCUGACACCAUAAUAGAGCAUGACAUUACCUGGGGUGAACUGCUGGCCAUGGAGAGGCAGGACUUGGACAAGAUUGGCAUUACAGAUCCUGAAGACCAGAGGAAGGUGUUGGCAGCAGUUCAGGAGAUGCAUCUAGACCAGGUGGACCUGGACACCUUAAUUCAGCUGGAAAACAUAGACAACGGGAGCGACGAGCUGUACACUUUCCUGAUCAGCCUGCGGCAACAGUGCUGCUACCUGACGGACACAGUGAGGGAUGUCAUUGGCCGCUUUCCCCGCAACGCUUCAGAGCUGGUACUGACCUGGGACCCUAAAAAGGAGGCGCAGGCCAUUUGCACAGAGCUGGUUGCCCAGACUAGAGACCUCCAGAAAGAGGUGGCCUGCCUCAGAGACCUUCUGCGUAAGAUGGACCCGGCCGAGUCCCCCGGUCAGCCCGCCCGGCCCAGUUCCCACGGCCGCCUCCGGAGAUGGCUGCCCAAGACGCUCGCACUGGGCAUGCUCGCAGCGGGCCUGCUGCUUCUGGUCUCGCCGACCCGGAGGAGCGUGAAGAUGUGGGCCUGAGAAUCGUGUUUUAUGGCUCUGCUGUCACAUAUUCCCGAGACUGCCCAAGCCAGAUGGGGUGCGAGUGCUUCACCUAGUGCGUAGAGGAACAGUUCACACAACACAGUUAUAAUGGGACCCUUCACAGAAUGGAGAGAAUCAAUUCUCAGCCCCCCUCCCCCCCCCCACCCCACACACACACACACACACACCCUCAGUAUACAGUGAAGGCGUAACUAAAAGCUGGCUUGCUAACCUGUGGAGGAGGAAUGCUUAUAGUGGCUUGCAUAUUUUGGCUGAAAGUUUUGUUAAGAGUUUUAUUUAUUUAUUAUUUUUAGCUGAUUUUCUUGUUUAUGUUUAAAAAUAAAAAAGGCAGUUUAUGUUUGAUUUUGGUUUUAUGAGGUAAUUGUUCCCAGUUCUAGUUUGUUCUGUUUUCACACACCCUGUAAUGUAGACUUUUGUAAAUAAUACAUGCAUAUACUUUUAUUUCCUUAACCUUAUAUCAAUUUUAUGUUUCGAAAUAAGUUUUUCUUUUGUUAAUGUAAUCAUCACAUUACUACUAGGUGAAGUUUACUUUCUGUACAUUUGUUCCAGUUACAUGAUUAGACAUUUAGUGGUGCAAAAUAAAAAAUAAAUGAAAUGAUUGGGACAUAAUGUGGCUUAUAUUGGAAUCAUUAGAAUGGUCUAUGACUGUUUACAUAUUACUUUUGUGUGUGUCGACAGAACUAAAUCCAACUUCUAGCUGUAAAGUCUGUAUUCUUUUCUGAACGGAACUCUGUUGGACUGAUCCAGACUAGAGUUGCUGCGAAUAGGAACAUCUAAUAUAGAGCAUGAAGGCAUUUUAUUUGUCAAAGUUGGUUGUCCCCUUUACCUGGC